AUGGCCGCGCAAAGCUGUCCCGUCCCAUGGGCCCGGAUCAAGCUCUGGAUCGAGGCCCAAGAGAAAGCAGAGCAGCAAGGCAAUCCCCUAACGAAGCCGCAACUGCAGGCUCUCUCUCAUCUUGUGAGUUUCGUGGAGGGACCUGAGCCGGAUAUCAGUGCCCAAGACCACGUGAGCCUUCUCACGCAACACAUUCAGUUUCAUCACAAGAAAGAUGCUUCUUCGCAUCUUCCGACAUAUGAAGAUGUCGGGUUAGAAGUCCCCAUCAGUGGCAAUUUCCAUUGGCGAUGGAGGACAACAUGCUCUCUGCCCUCUGCCAGCCACAUGAUUUUCCCUUGUGAGGGCCACGGCGUAUCUCAAGGCCAACAGCCACCGUUGUUUGCGACGAAGAAGGCAUCUAAGCAAUAUGCUGCCAUGCACGCAUUGGCAUAUCUUCGGGCUAUGAGACCACCACCGGCAGCUAUAGUAGCACCGGCCCCAGCAUCGACUUCUAAUCGAGUCUCUGGUGGCGUUUCUCUCAAAUCGGCCACUCCUCCUGUGUCGAAAAGCCCAAAGGCGAGUGACAGCUCACUGGCCAUGCCUCCGGGAGACGCCGGCGGUGCGCCUCUAGCACCACCACCACCAAGUGCCGAGAUAACGGCCCAGGACAAGCCUACAGCUACAGUUGAGCCUCAAAGUGCAUCAGCUACUGCAGAUGGGGAGUUUUAUACUGGCGACUUGCCUUCCUUGCUGGAGCAGGUUGCGGAGGUCGCAAAGCGCCUCACCUUUGGAGUUCCCAAGUACGAAAUUGUAGAGGACCCGAACAAGCCAGGAAGUUUUAAAGGAAAACCUGUCUUUGUAAAUGGCGGUCGUAUGCCUGAUGAUAUAGGCCAUGUCACGGGAGCGAUGUCAAAGAACGUGGCCAAGCUGCUCAUUGCAGAGCAGUUGAACGAGUAUUUCACGGCGGAGCUGAAGCGCAGGGACGGGAUUUUUAGGUCCUUCACUGCCACGCCUGUGGAAAAUCCGACAUCGUAG